AUGGCAUGGACAAUUGUUCGUCAAGAAUCUGAAAAGCCUGGUCUACGAAGUAGGUUAUGGCUUCCUAAUGACAUUUUUCAUGUAUUCAUGACCAAUACGGACUUGCCCAACUUGAAAUAUAUCGAUCUUGGCUUCUCCAAAAAAUUGAUUAAUACCCCAGAUUUCAGUGGUAUUCCAAAUCUUGUGGAGUUGGCUCUUGGGCAUUGUAAAAAUUUAGUUGAGAUACACCCGUCUAUUGCAGUCCUCAAAAGACUUAAACAUUUGCAUAUUCAUGGAUGUAAUAGCAUUAAGAGCCUCCCAAGUGAAGUUGAAAUGGAUUCCCUGGAAUCUUUAAAUCUUAAUGGCUGCUCAAAUGUGAGAAAGAUUCCAGAAUUUGGGGAGCAGAUGAAGAACUUAUCCAAGCUUCACUUAGGUGGGACUGCGAUUGAGAAAAUGCCUUCAUCAAUUGAACAUUUGGUUGGCCUUAAGGAUUUGAAUCUAUUUAAUUGCAAAAAUCUCUUGAACCUUCCCAGGGCUAUUUGUAAUUUGAAGUCUCUUCGACGCCUCUGUAUGGGACAAUGCUCAAAAAUUGACAAACUCCCAGGAGACAUGGAUCACUUAGAGACGCUUGUAUUGGGAGCCACUUUGACAGAGCCGAUUGGGGGUAUGAAAAAUCUCAAACAUCUACAAUUAUGCGGAUCGUAUGCUAAGGCAAGAGACGGGUGGCGCCUUCUCCGCAUAUUAGGACUUGGAAAGAGUGCUCCUGAUCCUCCUCCUUGUCCGGGUUUGAUGUUUUCUUCUCUAAAUCGUUUAUGCACUUUAAGGACCAUAAAUCUAAGAGAUUGUAAACUCUGUGAAGGGGAUAUUCCCGAUGAUAUUGGCUGCUUGUCCUUUUUGGAAAGAUUGAAUCUUGGUGGAAAUAAUUUCGUGAGUCUACCUGAAAGCAUUAGGUGCCUUUCUAAGCUUUGCUAUCUUGUUCUGUCGAGCUGCAAAAGCCUUCAAAAAUUGCCACCUCUUCCAUUUAAUGGCAAAUUGCAUGUAAAUGUAGACGAUUGUACUUCCUUACGAAGUUUGUCAGAUACAUCCAAGUUGAGCAGCAGAUUCACCAAUUUGUAUGAUUUUAGUUUCACUUGCCGGAAUUGCAUUGCAUUGGUUCAAGAUGAAGCCUGGACCAAUACAAUACUCUCAAGGAUUGUAAAAUUUGCCACUCAGAACAAGAUUGUAAUCCCUGGAAGUGAAAUUCCAGAGUGGUUCAGUAAUCAAAGUGUGGGACAUUCAGUAAAUGUGGAGCUUCCUCCACCAUCAUGUACCAACUGGCUGGGGAUUGCCUUUUGUGUUGUUUUUGAAGAUCCUAAGGAAAACUUGGCCAAUCCAGCUGCGCUUCAUUGUUAUAGUAAUUUCGAAUUUGAGUUUUUAUCAGAACCUUUUUACCGUAAGAUUUGUUCAAACAUAAUAGGACCUCUUGUGUCAGAACACCUUUGGGUAUUUUAUUUGUCUCGUGAAGCUUGUCAUCACAAACCGUUUUUAUUCGAAACUUACUUUGGUGGUAUUGGAGUGGGAAGAGUAAAAGCAGACUUGAAUAAGGUGAAGAAGUGUGGGGCUCGUUUGGUGUACAAGCAAGAUUUGGAAGAACUCAACCAUACACUGAAAAUCUUGAAACGAACACAUGAAUAUCGUGACGAGGCAACUCCAAGUGAGCCUGGAAGUGCUAGCUUCAGCAACACAAAACAAAUCCGCAAAAAACAUUGUUACUAG